AUGGCGGCUAACCUAGAGAGAAUACAGCAACAAAUGCAAACGGAACUUGAGAAGUUCAAGGCUGUUCAGAAAGGUACGUUAUGAGUAGUAAUACACCUGAAAAGCUUGAGUGCUCGUUUAUUUGAAAAUAAAUAGUCUGUGAUCCCAUGCCUUGUCAAGGAAAAGUUGUAGGCUCUAGAUCUUAGGCGUGGGUUUCGAAUUUACAUGGUAAGCCGAAUUAUGCAUGCAUUUUACCGGUUUUUGCCAAUGGUAUAUUGGAGAACAGUCGCAUGUAUGAUGCCACCUUAAAAAAGUUUUGCUCUUUUUUUUUUUUUAGUGCAUAGAAAAAAUAGAUUCUAUGUUACCGUGGGUCUGUACAGAAAUAGAUUACAAAAGAUGUCAAAUGUGGCAAGAACACAAGUUAUCCACGCGGCUAUGCCUCGUGUGCCACUUUUUUGUUCUCAACGCAUUUGACAUCAUCUGUGAUCUAUUUCUGAGCAGGCUCAGGGUACAUGGAUUGUAUACAAGUAAUGAAAGAAAGCUUGGAAGUUGCAUACUGCUUCCUUGAUUUCUUGUGGAAGGUGGAGACACCCCAAAUGAAAAACAAGUCAUUGUGCUGAAGAACAAACAAGCAAAACAUUUUUACCACCCAUCUGUUUUUGCCUUUACACCCUUACACCAGUAUGCAUAUUCUCUAUACUGUUCUCCGUACCAUCUCCAUAGGUGCUAGCAAGUAGAAUUUGUUAGAUUUUUGAGAACUUCUCUAUCAUAUCAUGUUAGCAUCAUGUUAAUCAUUUCCUUUAUUCUUGUGAACAUAUUCAGGGGUGAUAUUGUAAGGAGAAAUUAGAUACUAAUCACACUCAGGGGUCAAAGGGUUAAAGUAGAAGGUGUGUGGAUCUUUGCUGUGGAUUGUCAUUACUCCCCUUUUCUUAUGAGGGGACACGUUCUCCUUUAAGGAAACAGAGUGAAUUUUUAGGAGGGGAAAAUUAGUUGUGAUGGAGCUAAACUGGUAGGGGGUGGACUUGCAGGGAAGCAAAAUCACCUUAAACCAUUUAAUAUGGGUAGAGAGUUUCAGAUUGCCUCUUGCACUGUUUUGACCCAAAAACUCUUCAAGCAUGCUUGCUCCUCUUCAAACCAUUAUUCAUCCAGUAAUUAUUUCUUUCAGAUUUGCAGAAAUUAAUCAACACAAGACAGCAAUUAGAUGGUCAGCUGAAUGAAAAUAAAGUUGUAAAAGAGGUGAAACCUACUUUAAUGAUUUAUUUUCUCACUGAUAGAUUUACCUAAUUUACCUGAACUUCCUGCCAUUUUUUUCUUUCCAUGUUUGGUGCCCUUCUAUCAUGAAAUUUUGAUAUUGGGAUAUAAAUUCUGUGAAGCAAAGGAUUUUUUCAUGAUUUUGCUAUUUCUAGGUGUUACUGAUUGUCCUGCUCUCCUCUCUCUAAAUUAUCAAACUGAAAAUGUUUGAAAUGUUGCAUUUGUUUCUUGUGAAUGUUAUGCUGCUUGAACUGGAAAUUACAACAGUUAGUUCUUGGCAUAGGCUCUAUUACCAUCCACUGUGCAAGAAAUGAGCCUGCUGGCUCAUGCCGCUUGAGAUGAUAGAAGAUGAUACAAAAAAAAAUUGUAGAAAUUGAACCUAUUUUUCAUCAUCUUGCAUUGCAAAUAAAUUGUUCUUGCACAACUCCAAAUAUCACCAAUCCACAAAAUAAAACUAUUGUAAAAUGUUCAUGCCACAGGGUAUGCUCAGUAAGCUGAGAUUAGUGGAGUAAGAGUUCUCAUAGCUGGUGGAACUUAGUUGAUGCAUAACCUUCCAGCUCAAAAAGAUAAAGAAUAUUAACCCUUUCACUCCCAUGAUUUCAUUUAGUAACUCUCCUUACUGUCUGCAAAAAAAAAAUUAAGGUGUUAGUUCAGAUAAUUUGGUACUGGCUCAACUAAUAAUUGGCUUAUUGGUCACUCAUGGGAGUUAACCCUUUAACUUCCAAGAUCUAAUUGUUGAUUCUCCUCUAGCUGCUACACAUUUCUUUGUAAAUCAGUAUGGAGAAUUAGGUGUUAGAUUAAGAUAACAACUUCAAACUGAUAAAUUUGAGUUUUCUUAUGACCUGUUUGUUGGAUGAGGUGAGUAUAUUAAAGGGAGAAGUUAGAUAUUCAUCACUUCUGGGAGUUAAAGGGUUAACACUAAUGUUGGAGUUGUAUUACAAUAUGUGAAUGCUUGAGUUAACCUGUUGUGAUGAUGAACACUGAGUGAUAAAAAUUGUUGACAUGUCUUGGAUGGUGUUGAUUUAGAAUAGUUUCUAGAGACAUCUUGAUGAAUUAUAAUUGAUGGGGUGUGAUGUUUGAGUUUAAACUGACUUUGUUAUUGUGUUUUUAGGAACUAGACAUAAUUGAACCUGAUGGAAAUGUCUACAAACUCAUAGGACCUGUUCUGGUCAAACAAGAUCUUGAAGAAGCCAAGCAAAAUGUUGGGAAGAGGAUAGAGUACAUCACAACUGAACUGUAAGCACCAUUGCUUUACUAUAAGUCAUCUUGGUGUUCUUAAGAUAAAUAAUUAGUGGGUUUACAGUAAUAUGGCAUCUCUUUUGUCUCAGCCUCACCCUUAUGUCCUUGAAAUUUUCUUUGCCAGCACAAAAAUAUUAAAAAUAUAUUGAAUAGGAAGGCUGUCUCCUUUUUUGUCACAGGUAUUCUUGUUCUUUUCAAAUUAUGGCAUGAAAGAUUGUACAAAGCAAAAUUUUUCAACUAAUUUUGAAACUGGUUUUCGCUUCUUGAAUCUUCAUGUCCCUGGAACACAUCCCUGCAAAAGUAACAGUUCAUAGCUGCAUCAUGCAAGCCCUAUAUGUAAAGGAUUUGGGCCAGGGAGAUUUACAAGGGAAACACACAAGUGAACUUCUUGCAACAAAAUGUUUAGAUUGUUAAGCAUUGUGUGGUAGUCUGGUGAUGUGCAGUAGAGCGAUGACAAGAAUGGGGUGGUAGACUUGUGCAAAUAUAUUGGUUACUCCAUCGGUUGGCUCAAAAUCUUCCAUCCCUUGUCCAUAACUUAAAGACUUCUUGUUGGUGUUUUCAGAAAAAGAAAUGAGACUGGUAUCAAAGAUGUUGAAAAGAAGCGAGGCGCCAGCCAGGAGACACUAAGCAAGUUACAGCAGCAGUAUCAGCAGUUCCUGACGAAGGCCGCAGCUAAAGUAUAAGAGAAGAAAGAAACUUGCUAAAAUCUACUAUUUGUAUUUAUUUGAUGUAAGGGACCAGUCAUUUUUUUUUUGGGCCAGGAGAGCAGGGAGGUGCAUAGGAUUUUCUUAAGGGGCACCACAUGGUUUUUAGGGGGAAGAGAGGGGGGUCAGUUGUAGCUUACAGAGUAUAAAGGAGGAUUAUAGAAAAAUGACCGUCAAGAAGGGGGAUCAGUAGAAUAUUACAGAGUCUCGGGGGGGAUCUGGUAAGUUUUAUCGCGGCAACCCCCACCUUCUCUACCAUGCAAUAAAUAAUUACCGGUUCUCAAGUGAAAGUGCCCGAAAAAGGUGUUCUUGUUCUUUUACAAACACUGCUCUUGACAGUCAUAUCGUCGAAGAUAAGAUUUUUUUAAUCGAAAAAAGUAUUUCCAAAAAUUUAAUUUAGGUUUGGUCCUCUUUCGGGCGAUCACGUUGGAUCUCAUAAGAUGCACAUACGAGUGAUAAGCUUUUUUUUCCCUUUUUGACACAUGAAUACUCUCGUCGAGAUUUAAAACUGUGAUAACAACGCUCCCCCGAGGGUGUUUCACUAAAUAAACCAGGAAAACUUUAGAAUAAAAAGUAAUGCAUAAACUGGUUUGCGUAAAAUUGCGAAGUAGCACCGGCGUCCUGUUCCAUUAACAAAUAGAUACACCAGAAACAUUUAGCGAACGCAGCCUGCGACAAAGUUUAUCAUCGUCUCACAGUAAACAAGGAGUGUAAUGAUUUCUUUUAGUGACUUGUUUACCCCUCCCCUCAAUUUGUGGAGGUCCCAAGGGGCUGGAUGGGCGAGGGUUAAUUAAAAUCCUCCACUAUGUGAUUUUACCAGGGACAAAAUUAUCAAAAAAUGGUACUACAUUUGGGCUUUUCGCAAACGACACUUCACAAGACCUCCCCAUACGGUAUAUAUGCGAAUUACGCCCGAACCAACAAGAUCCUUUCGUCACGAUUUUCUUCGGUCUCUCCGACUGUUGUGCGGAAAACUGGCCGCUCCAUGUAACACCAGACUUCGCUCGCUAAUUUUUUUCCACUCGAUUCACCAACAAAGAGAAAAAGGAGGGCCAUCAGCAG